CGGGCGUCGACAUUUUGAGACGCUAUUGUCUCCGAAAAUUCCCUUUUUUCUAUUAUAUUUUCGUUAGAUUUUAGUUUUAAUUUUAUUAUUGUUUGAAUAUUUUACGGUUUUCGUUUUAUCAAUUCGAUCUAGUUGUUUAAAAUAGUUUUUUGUUUUAAAUUUGAUUUUUGCUUCAUUGAUUGAGUACAUUAAUGUAUUGAAACGCUUGGUGAACUAUCAGCAAUGGGCAAUCAUUCGACCAAAAGUCAAAAUAUUAGCCGUGAUCAUCGGCCAAAGAAAAACGUACACUGGAAAUCAGCAGAGCCACCAUCAAAUCCUGGCAAACCGAUACAGAUUACAGACUACAAUGCACCAGCUGACGCAGUAGUUAUAAAAUGGGAUCGCCCCUAUACCGAUGGUGGUUCACCCAUAAUGGGAUACCUGGUUGAGCAGCGACGUGUUGGUUCGCCAACAUGGGUGAAAACAUCGGCAACAUUGGUGCCAUAUCAAGAAAUCACAUUGACUGGCAUAGAUCCGACAUGGAGGUAUCAGUUUCGCGUGUUUGCCCAAAAUGUUGUUGGUAUUUCCGAAUCAAGCCCAAUAUCGGAUAUAAUAUCAGCUAUUUCACAGCGAAGUGGAACAGCAGCACCGCAAUUUUUAAAUGAACUUGAAAAUGCAACGGUUUUAGAAAACGAUCAAUGUGAAUUUCAUGUUAGUGUGAUUGGUUCGCCGACACCACAAAUCAAUUGGUUCAAAGAUGGCUUCGAAAUAUUUAGCAGCCGACGAACAAAAAUUAUUAAUGAUCACGAUUCGAGCACAUUAAUUUUCCAUCAAAUUGCACUUACCGAUGAGGGUGAAAUAAAAUGUACUGCAACCAAUCGAUAUGGACAUGUUGUCACACGAUUCCAAUUAAGAAUUGAUGCACCGCCAAAAAUACGGUUACCACGACAGUAUGAAGAUGGAUAUUUGGUUGAAGCUGGUGAAAUAAUAAAACUUAAAGUGGGAUUGGCUGGUAGACCGACGCCAGGAAUUUGUUGGUCGCACAAUGGUGAUGUAAUUAAAAACGGCGGACGCUACGAAAUUACAACAAACGAUAAGAAUUCGUUUUUAAAAAUAACCAAAGCAACACGUAAAGAUCGUGGUGAAUACAAUGUGCGUGCAAUAAAUAAAUUGGGUGAAUUCAAUGCAUCGUUUUUAGUGACGGUUACAGCAAAGCCAAGUCCACCGCAAAAUGUUCGAAUUUCAAUGUCAUUGGGAAAAUCAGUAACGCUUACUUGGAAUACACCCGAAGACGAUGGUGGAUGCAAAAUUGGAAAUUAUGUUGUUGAAUAUUUUCGUAUUGGAUGGGAUGUGUGGUUGAAAGCGUCGUCAACAAGACAACUAACUGCCACAUUAAACGAUUUAAUUGAAGGAUCCGAAUAUAAAUUUCGUGUAAAAGCUGAAAGUCCAUAUGGAUUAAGUGAACCAAGCGAGGAAUCAAAAACUCUUUUCAUUCCUGAUCCAAAGCGUGGCAUUGUAACACCAGCCAAAGUAUCAACUUUAUCGCCCAAUGCCGACCGGAAACAUCUGAUUAAUCAACAAUAUAAUCAAGACAGAAAAAGCCCAAUCAAACAAAUUAUUAUACCGGAUCUACCAAAAAAUGUUGAAUUCAUUUCACAAAUUUAUGAUAACGAACAAAUUGUAAAAGAACUUAAUUAUGGUACAAGUGUAGAAAAUCGAACGAAAAAGAAAGAAAGUAUUUCAAAUACGACACCGAAAUUAAAUCCCAAUUCAAUUCGGCACACUGAAAACCAUGCAAAUAAAAAGUCAGUAAAAUCUGAACCAGAUUCAAUGGCUUCCAGAAUCACGUCAUCUCCACAGGCAAACAAAAAUGAAAGUCGAGCACAUGGAAAAACUAGAAAUCAAGGUGACGAGAAGAACACACUUUCACCCGCUCAUGAUGAAGUUCACACGAGCAAUGAGUACAUGCUAGUUUUAUACGAUGACAAAAAGUCGGGAAAACAAAACGAAGAAAAAAAUCACUUUGAUUUGGAUUUGAAGGAAGCUAUUGAUGCACCACCUUUGUCACUAUCGACACCAGACUUAUCUGAUAUGUCACAUCACAGUACAUUUCAACCAUUGAGACGAUCUGCUAGUUCAUCGGAAUUACUUUAUGAGAAGGUAAUGCAACGAUUUUAUGAAGCAGUCGAACUUGACGAAGCAGAAAUGGCACGGAAACAAGGUGAUUCCGGUCAAAAUAAAAAAUCAAAAUUUGUCGAGCACAUGGAAGAUGAUAAUGAAUUCAUUUCGCGUACAAAUGAAGCAAAGCCUGAAAUUAAAUCAGAUCAGUCACAUGAAUGGAAAAACGAAGAUGAUCGUGAUCUUCGAAAAGAGAUCUACGAAUCACAACGGAAACGCAGCCAUCGACCACAUGAACCAUCCACAGACAUUGUUUACGAUGAUGAUUAUACAGAGAGUACGGCAUCAUCAGUUGGAUCAAUAUCAAUAUCUGCAUCAAUCGAAUCCAUUGAACAAUUUAUAAAUUCAGUACGAUCGGCAUCGACAAAUACAAGCACAACUGCCAUCAAUACACGAACUUCGGUAAAUGAUGAACUCGAAACAUAUCAUCCAAGUAUGGAAGUGCGUGCACUUUCACCAUAUCGUACACCAGAUCCCGGACAGGCAACAAUUGAACUAAAUCGCCCGAUUGCAUUGCCAAAUCCAGACAUAAAGCCAAAAUCAAUAUUGAAACGACGGACAUCUAAUGAAAAUGGCAUGAACGAAGCAAUAGUAACACAAACAAUCGUCGAAAAUAAAGAAAAUCUACAAAAGGAGAAAAAACCAUCACAAAAACAAACGGAGUCCCAACCACCGUCACCAAUACCAUUACAUCCGUCACAUUUACAGUCAAAACCACAACCAAAACCACAACCACAACCAGAAAAAGAACCAGAACCAAAGUCAUUGCCAUCAACUCCAAAGCCAGAAAAAGAGAAGCGAAGCUUUUUGAAUUUGUUUAGUAAGAAACAAGCGACAUCUGCUGAAAAUUUAAAGAAACCGAUCGAAUCGCCGGUUGAGAAAGUAUUGCCCGAAAAAGCUACCGAAAAAGAAAAACUUUCAAAACUGCGACAAAAUUCAAUCGAAGAAAAUAAAGUGGAACAAGUUGCGGUGAUUGAUCAUUACAGUGAUAUUGUCAAAGAAUUGGGUGGCAAUCAAAAAACAAAAGCGUCCAUACCAUUAUACAUGAAUCAUCAUGCGCUACGUGAAGCGGCCGCACGGGCUGAAUUGGAAGAACGUGAACAGCUUCUUGCGAAACAGACGAAUGAAAUGCAUAAAAUCAAUAUAAAUGAUGAUGUAGACGAUAUGUCAGAAUUGGCUAAAAAAAUGAACCUAUAUACCGAUGCAAAUGAAAAUUCAGUCGAACGUGAAACGGUGUCACCACCACCAUCAUCAUCACCAAAUGAUUUGGUUGAAAUCAGUGUGGAGCAUACACAGUCAGUUUCAUAUGCAUUGCGACAAAUAAAACAACCGGAUGUUUGUAGAACAAACAAUGAAACGAUGGUUGAAGCAAAUGCAAAAUGUCUAACCGAAUCGACCAAACUAUGCAAUGAAGACGAUGGAAUCGAUAGCGUGAUCGAUACGAAAAAACAAGAGACACUAACGAAAGUGCGGAGUUCGUCACGUUCGCGUCAACUGGGACGUAAAUCAAUAUCAGAGAGGCGCAGUCAGUCAAAAUCUCCAGUUUCAGAGCGUAUGACAUCGGUAUCGAAUACUGUAUUGAAAGUAACGAGAAUGCCCAUCCAAAACGAUAUUGACAUUGAGCUGGAGCCAUCUGAACAAUCACCAUCACCGGAAUUGCCGGAAUCACGGUGCAUAACGCCCGAACAAAUGCAAACAACGGCCGAAUUAAAAAUUCGGUCAACCUUAUCAUAUGCAACCGAUCUUUUUCUGUUUUUGUUCGCUUGCUAUUUGUAUAUAUUUCGAGAUGCAUAUUUGCUGACAAUUCCCAUUUUAAUUUUAAUGGUAUGUCGGCAUGUGAUCAAUCUUCUCAUAGAUAAAUGGCAGAAAUGGACAACAUUGGACAAACGGAAAACAGAAUGAAUACAAUACAAUGUUGGGCAAACAAGAUCAGCGCAAAUCAUAUAUUCAUAUUGAUUAAUUUUAACCAUUUAUUAUUAUAUGAACAAGUAAUUUGUUAUCAAUAAUUUUUUUUUUGUAUUUAUAACCCCAUGCAUAUCAUCACAACACAAAUUGAAACGAAAAAGAAAAGGCAGAGAACUUUAUCUCAUGGGGCAACAUGACAUUAGACUAUAUUUAAUUGUAUAUAUAAAUAUAUGUUGUCAAAAAUCAUACUGCACAUACACUAUAUUGAAUUCGGUUGCUGAUCUUUUUUUUUAGUUUCAUCAAUUUGAAAUUUAAUAAAAACAAUUGCAAAUACCAUGAAAA